AUGCCGGCCGUACGCGAUCCCCUCAGCUUCCUCGCCAACAUGGCGCCCCGCGACUCCAGCCUUAGCGCCCGACAGCCUGCCUUCGACGUGCCAGCGAUUGUCUUCGAUGCGCCCAAGACAGCCCCCAUUGUCAAGCGACAGAACGUCAUAUAUGCCCAGCAGGGUAUAAUACCCACCUACUACAACACCGACGGUCCCGAGCCCGGCACCGUUGUCGGCAUCGUCCUAGGCAGCGUUGCCGGCUUUCUCCUGAUCUGCUGGCUCAUCCAGUCCCUGAUGAACACCAACAACAAGACCGGUACAACCACAGCCAUGGCCGGAGAGGAAGAGAUCGUGGUGCGCAGGCCACGACGCAAUUCACAUGGCGGACGCUCGUCGCGACGCCGCUCGGAAGUCCGCGAGAUUAGCAGGAGCCCGAGGCGGAACAGUGGACGCUCGCAGAUCAUUGUUGAGGAGAGGAGGGGUGCGCCACCGAGGGCAAGGAGCAUCAUCGUGGAGGGACGGCAACGCGUUCCAGGCGACGAUGUCGUCGAGGUCAUCGAGGAACACGAUGAGUACCGCGAGAGGAGAGGCGCCCGGAGAGGCCCGGGAUACCGGUGA